AUGUUUGUGCUUCCGCCCCACCGUAGCACUAUAAUAAUAGUUGGACCAGUAAAUACAAGAGCCUCGGAUAACUCAAAUGGUGGGUCCACUGAUCCGCCAAACCCAACUAUUGAUGAUUCUAUUCCCGAAAGAUUCCCCUGCGAGUUUGAAGGAUGCGAUAAGGCAUAUCGGUCACGAGGAGGGCUGAAGCUUCAUAUGCGGACGCACGCGUUGGAGAUUCCUGUCGCACCUGAAGAAUUUCCUUGUGAAAUUAUGGGUUGUGGGUUAAGGUUUCCAACGCGGAUUGGCCUCGGACAGCAUAUACGCCAUCGACAUCCGGAGAACAUGGACGAACGAGUUAACUUCAGGCGUGUGAAGGAGAGAUGGACGGUGGAGGAAUCCAGAAUGUUUGCGAGAAGGGAGGCUGAGUUUUUGGUCAGGUGGGAGCGAGACGGAAGAGCGGGGUUCAUAAAUGCAGUGUUGCAAGCGGAAUUUCCGCAUAGGAUCUUGGAGGCUAUUAAAGGACGAAGAAGGUGUACGGGUCAUAAAAGGAUGGUGGAAGACAUGAGUGAAGAGAAGGGGUAUGGUGGUGAUCGAAGACACUCACCAUGGAAAAUGAUGUAUGAAUGA